AUGGCAUCACUUUCUGCCGCUGAGGAGGCCAAAGUGUCUGCGGAUCUGCUGCGUGCGAUGGAGAGCGAGCCCGACGCGCGCGUGGACAUCCUGGUGCAGCUCGCGUCGCCUUCGCAGGCUGUGCAGGACAGCUGCGACCGCUCAGACUCGGAUCGAGCCCAGCGAGCUUCUUGCGUGGCGGAGUCUCUGCAGGAUUUCGCCCAGCAGACGCAACAGCCGGUAAAAGAUCUGCUUGCUCAGCACAGCGAUCUCUACAGCACAUCCACGUUUCUGUGGAUCAACAACUCGGUGGCUGUGAAGAGCGCGUGUCGGGAACUGAUAAUGGCGCUGGCCCGGCUGGAUGCAGUGGAAAAGAUCGACAUGGAGCAGGUGUUUGAGAUUCAAGCAGGUGCUGGCAUGUUCACGGCAGAAUAA